UUAUCCAUCUUCAUAGGUUCAUAUGUUGAGAUAAAAUUCAAACAUUUUGCCGAUUAGCUGAAAGAGAGAGAAGAAGAUGGGAGAAGAAGCCCCUCCUGUUGAUUCACCGCAAAACAAAGCAUGGCACUCUUACAUCUCAGAGGAUCUGCCUCGCACUGUCCAAGAGUCUACUGACUCCGCCAUUCGCUCUGCCCGUUCCAUACAAAAUACAUCCUCUACCCACCUUCGUACUCUUCAGGAUUUAAUGCCAAAGAUAAAAGGCCAGUAUAGAACUUAUGAAGAGGUUUUCUUUAGGAAAAUUAAAGAUGAGUUGGUAUCUGCGAGAGAGCACCCUGCUAUGGCUGGGGGAAUUGGUAUUGCUGCUGGCCUCCUCCUCAUGCGAGGACCUAGAAGAUUUCUGUACCGUCAAACACUGGGCCGUCUCCAGAGUGAGGAGGCCAAAUAUAGUAAAGGUGAGAAGAAUGUGAAAGAGUUAGGCCUGUCUGUUGGCUUAAUGAAGAAAGAGAGUAAAAAGUUGCUUGAAAGAGCAUCUCUUGCUGAAAAGGAUAUGAAACGCGGCCAUUCUGACCUCAUGGUUGCUGGGAGUCAGAUCCAAAGUGUUGCAAAAUCUGUCUACAAGGUUGAAGGUCAAGCUGCUGAUUUGAUGGAUGUGCUGCGGGAAAUUCCAGGUAGAGAGGCAUUAAAGCUAAGAGCAGAGGUUGCUUCUAUGGCGUCACAUCUGCGUCAACAAAGAACUGCAAUUGACAAAAGGAUUGUCAAGAUUUCUGAAUUAGGUGUUCCAAUAUGAGAAUUGUGAAUUUCAGAAGAAAUGAUUUAAGACCAUUGCACUGGUUUUGGUUACCUAAUAACUUAGGAUGAGAAUUGAAGAGGGCCAUGACAUAUGGAUGAACAAUGAGCUGUGCAUUCUCCUACAUCGUUUAAGCCUUUGAAUGCAAUUUGUUUGUAGGGAGCUGAUAAGACAGAUCCUGCUGUAAGAUUACAUACCUAUACUGUAAGCUUGUGUUUUUUUUUUAAUUAUGUUUGAGUGAGCCCUGUGCAGAAACUAUGAUACAGAAGAAAUGAAAAGGAGAUGUCUUCCCUUUUA